AUGGCUUCAACGACCCAGAACGAGGAGCCCGACGUACGGGAUGAGAAGUCCGAUAUUUCUGUUACUGAGGAGCCACGUUCCGAGCCAGCCUCUUCAACCGAAGAGAUCUUGUAUGCCGCAGGAGUAGGUCUUCAGAAAGAUGACCCUACCCUGCCAUGCCUCACGCCCCGGAUGUGGGUGAUCGGCAUUUGUUUCUGCCUGUUGGGCAGCGGCGUCAACACUCUCUACACCUUCCGGUUUCCCUCCGUGACGCUCUCGCAGUCAGCCAUCCAAUUCCUUGCAUAUCCGGUCGGCAAGGCCUGGCAAUUCAUCGUGCCCGACUGGGGCUUCACACUGUUUGGUCGGCGCCAUAGCCUGAACCCAGGCCGUUUCAACUACAAGUCGCUGAUGCCCCGGGCAAAGGAAAACAUCCUGAUCUACAUCUUGGCCAACUUGAGCUUCCUCACCAGGCUCAGCGCUGAUGUACUGACUGAACAACGCGUAUUUUACGGUCUAAAGGCCGGCUGGGGAUUCGAGAUAUUGAUCACUCUAGCAACUAUCCUGUACGGAUUCGGCCUGGCUGGCCUUGGUCGCUCGCUCGUGGUAGAGCCCAAGAGCCUGGUCUGGCCUGGCGUUCUCGGCAACACGGCCCUGAACGCUGCGUUGCACACUGACAGUAGCGGACAAGUGGAACAGGGCCGAUGGAAAGCGUCUCGGUACAAGUUCUUCCUUACCGCCUUCUGCCUCUCCUUCUGCUGGUAUUGGCUCCCCGACUUCAUUUUUCCCGCCCUGGGCUACUUCACCUGGGUCUGUUGGACGGCGCCGAACAACGCAGUCGUCAACCAAAUCUUUGGGAUGAAGAGCGGUAUUGGUCUGUUACCAUUCACCUUUGACUGGUCGCAGAUCGCGUAUAUCGGGUCGCCGCUGGUCGUUCCAACCUGGGCGAUCCUCAACGUCCUUGCUUCUCUCGUCUUUUGGAUCUACAUCAUCUCUCCGGCCCUCUACUAUACCAAUACGUGGUACACUGCGUAUCUCCCCAUGCAGAGCAACUCCAUCUAUGACAAUAUGGGUAAGACUUUCAACGUGUCGAGAGUGGUCAACAAGAAGGAUGGCUUUACGUUCGAUGCCGAGAAGUUUGCCCAAUACUCCGAUAUCUAUCUCCCCGUGACCUAUGCCCUCAACACAUUCGGCCUGUCUUUUGCAACUAUCGCUUCGCUCUUCGUCUGGUUAUUCCUGGAGAAGCGCAAGGAAGUUGUCCAGAGUUUCAAGGCCUCUCCUCUCGUCUCUCUCUUCAAUAGACAGUCGACACCCAAGGAGACGAAGGAUUCACCCUAUGAGGAAGUGCCGACGUGGUGGUAUGCAGUGGCAAUCGCGAUGGCUCUCGGCAUCGGCAUGUUCGCGUGCGAGUACUACCCGGUGCAGCUGCGCUGGUACGGCGUGAUCUUCGCCAUGGUCGUCUCGGCAGUCUUUUACAUUCCGCUUGCUUGGGUCUAUGCUGCUACCAACGUCAAGAUCCAGAUCGAUAUUUUCUGCCGCAUUGUAGCGGGGUACGUCUGGGAGGGCAAAGUCAUCGCAAACAUCUGGUUCUUUGACCUGGGUUACAUUUCCGGGAUUAAGGGCCUGGCGUUCUCGCAAGACUUGAAGCUGGGCUUAUACUGCAAUGCAAGACUCCUCUCAUCUCGUCUCCCUUGUAUCCCACCGAGGAGUCUAUUCCUCGUCCAGGCGGUCGGCCUAGUGAUGGGGACCUUGGGCCAGGUCUCCGUGCUGAACUGGGCGCUCAACCACAUCCCCAACAUCUGCGACCUGAAAAAGGCCGAGAACGGCUUCACCUGCCCCUUCUCCCGGACGCACUUCAACACCAGCAUGGUCUGGGGCGCGCUGGGGCCCCGGCGCUUCUUCGCCGAGGGCGCCCUGUACCGCUCCCUGCUGUGGUUCUUCCUCGUGGGCGCCGCCCUGCCCGUCGUCGUCCACCUCGUCCAGAGGAGGCCCGCCCUGCGAACCGUGCGCUGGCUGCAGAACGUGCACGUCCCGCUCUUCCUCGGCGGGCUCAACUUCAUCCCGCCGGCGUCGGGCACCAACUACGGCAGCUGGGCCAUCGUGGGCCUCGUCUUUGCCGUGCUGAUCAAGCGGCGCCAGCGCGAGUGGUGGCGGCGGUACACGUUUGUGCUCAGCUCGGCGCUGGACUGCUCCGUGGCCAUCGCGGGGAUCCUCAUCUUCUUCGCCAUAUUCUACACCGGCGCUGCCAAGCACUUCCACUGGUGGGGGACCACGGUGUAUCAGGAUCGCGAAUCUGCGCGAGGGCCUUUUUCCCUGGGCGGCCUUGAGGAGGUCGCAGAUGUCUUGCCAGACCAUUCGCAUCUUCGCCAGCUCCAUCGCCUCCGCCAGCUUGCGGAGGGCAGAGUCCAUGCUCGCCUGCUUGACGCUGCUCCAGUGUCGGCAGAAAGAGUUGAAGAGAGCCGGGGCUCUCGGGAGGUCCACGGUGUUCUGCGCGGCCAUGGCAGAGGUCCAACCCUCAAUGCUACGGAGUACUACGAACUUACGGAUCAACCAACACCUGGUUUCCAAGAUUGA